CGCUCGGGCCUGCCGUACUUGAUCUCCCAACCAGGGACAGCGUUGGAACAGUAGGUAAUCGUGACAGUACAACAGGAUGGGUGUAGUGAGGACCUUCUGGAUGCGUCCGUCUUCAUCCUUGACUUUCCCGCGACAGUCCAAGACGACGUUGGCGUCGCGGACUUGCAUAGUGCCGGCGGAUCCGGAGAGCAUGGAGUGUAGCUGGUGGUAGUAGUUCUUGUCCGAUUCUCGUUCGAGGCGAAUGCGUUCCUGUUCCACCGCUUUUCGGUUACUCCGGUUGGGCCGAACCUGCACCCGAUCGCUCUUCAUGAGGGCGGCCGAUUCGGCCGUAUCUUUGCCGUCAAGUUUUUGCACGUGGACGAAUUCCAAAUCGUGUACGGCGACGGACCCUUCCGGGAAUCUUUCCCGACACACCUGUACGUACCGGUUCAUGACGGCUUCCAAACGCACGUUCUUGUCGAGUCCAAUCUGGACCGUCGUGUUGAGUUGCAGAACCGGGUGAUUGGGAUAAGACGGGUGCACUUCGGUGCAGGUGAAAAAGAGCGUAAUGUCGGCUUCCUGUGCCGUGCGCGUGGCUUCGGUUUCUUCCGAUGCUUCGGCCACGCCCCCUUCGAUAAUGUCAGCGUGUCCCGCUCCUUCUUCCUCGUUGUCGUCGUUGUCCCCCUCUUCUUCUUCCAUUGGAUCUUCUUCUUCAUCGUCAUCAUCGUCAUCACCGUCCUCUUCUUCUUCGUCGUCGUCGUCGUCUUCUUCCGGUUCACCCAAGACUACCGGAGCAUCCGGAAGAAUGCCUUCGGGUGCUUCGUCCUGACGAUCGUUCAUCGAUGGCGUAGGUUAUAUGUAAUUGGGAAACGAAAGGUCGUGGUAACUUAUCCCCAGCGACCGUACAAGAUUGAUUGAAAACGUAUCGGUCGAUGCAGUGCGUUCAAUCGUCGAUUUUACUAGGGGACAUUCGCCCGACUGCGUGGAAUGGAAAAGAAUAACGACUAGUUGAUCACCGUGCCAGUAUUCUGGUGUGACACAGACGCGUGUGUUGUUGUCCAAAAAAGGCCAUGAAGUUUCGUCCAUGCAUUGACUUGCACCACGGCCAAGUCAAACAAAUCGUCGGGUCGACACUCCGGUUCACGAGCCCCACGACCGACCACGAUGACGACACCGUGACGGCUUCCUCGGUUCCGGAAUUGGCCACGAACUUUGCGACGGAGCGUCCGGCACGGGAAUUUGCCGAACGCUACGCCCGGGAUGGUCUCACUGGUGGACACGUCAUUCUCCUGGGUCCGGGCAACGCGGACGCGGCCCGUGCCGCGCUCCGCGCCGCUCCCGGAACCUUGCAGGUCGGGGGAGGUGUCCACGACGCCAACGCACGGGAAUGGCUCGAUGCCGGAGCCUCGCACGUUAUUGUCACCAGUCACGUCUUUAGUAACGGACAAAUCGCCAUGGAUCGUUUGGAACGGCUGGUACAACUCAUUGGCAAGGAACGUCUCGUGCUCGAUUUGUCCUGUCGGAAACGUCCCGAUGACCACAACAACGGACCGUACUACGUCGUCACCAAUCAGUGGCAAGUCUUUACCGAGUAUGCCGUCACGACGGAAAGUCUCCGGACGUUGGCGGCCUACUGUGACGAAUUCCUCGUCCACGGCGUGGAUGUCGAGGGACUCCAGUGUGGAAUACUGGACGAUCUCGUGACGCUCUUGGCCACGUCCCCCGUACCCGUCACCUACGCCGGUGGCGUCCGAUCGAUCGACGAUCUCAAUCGCGUCGAACAACUUGGACAAGGCAAGGUUGAUUGUACCGUCGGCAGCGCACUGGAUAUCUUUGGCGGCAGCUUGCCCUACGCAGACGUUGUGGCCUGGCAUCACCAACGCAACGGUGGGGCCGUGGCGCCGGCGUGAACACGAUUGACGUU